AUGCCCGAGCCAGUGGCAAUGAUGCGUCUUUCAUCUGCGACGGAGGUGACAAUCCGUCUUUUACCUGGCAACGACCGCUGUGCCGAUUGCAAGGCUAUCUUUCCUCAAUGGGCAGGCGUCUCCUUUGGCAUCUUGCUGUGUCUGACCUGUGCCGGAAAACACCGAUCGUUGGGUGUAAAGACGAGCUUUGUUAAGUCACUGGAAAUGGAUGCGUGGUCAAAGAGUGAGGUGCGUGCACUGGAACUGGGUGGCAAUGCCAAAUGGUCCGCUGUGUGUGCUGGAGCCGGAGCUGCCGACCUUCCGAUGUUGGGAAAGGUACUCGUCCAGCGUGGCAAAAGCUUACAAGAGUCGAGCUGCACUAGCUGCAGUAAAGGAUUCAUCCGUUGCGUGCUUACUUACUGCGACGUCAUUUUUGACGAUGCUUGCUAA